CCGGUAUAGCAGAAGUGACAGUCUGUAUUCUGACGUCGCAGGGUGGUCUCGUUGCUGGCGGUUUACGGCGUUGUGAGGGGUUCUUCAGGAUUGUGACCUGAAGGCGUGGCUUGUGCAUUACGAGCAAUACGAGGCACGAGGAGUCAUGGUGGUUGAAUACAUUAAAGACAUCGGCACUGCUCGCUUCUGUAUUUUUGGGCGCCUUUUGUUCAGGUGGCGGGGCAGUGUGUACAAGCUGCUAUGGCGUGAUCUGCUGGUGUACGCCGUGCUGUACACUUUGCUAUCCUGCUUCUACCGCUUCUACCUUAAGGAUAACCAGAAAAGGUUGUUUGAGGAGGUGGUGCAGCAGAGCAACAAGUACCGUGACUUAGUGCCGAUCAGCUUCCUGUUGGGAGUGUACGUGAGCGCCGUGCUGGUCCGCUAUUGGGCUGCCUUCUUUUCCCUGCCCGACACCACCGGCGCUGCCAUGCUGCUCGCCACAUACAUCCCGAGAGACGACAACAGGGCCUUUGAGAUCCGGAGUCGCGUCGUGCGGUACGUCAACCUCACCUACGUGCUAAUCUUCUCGCAGAUCUCCGCCGCAGUGAAGUCCGCCUACCCCGACCUGCAGGCUCUUGUCAGCAGCCACUUUCUGACUGCGCGCGAAAAGGAAGUUUUGAAGGAAGCCGAGGAGCGCAGCGGUUUGAGCUUCAAGUGGCUCCCCAUCACCUGGUGCUGCCAACUGGUGCAGAGCGCCCGGGACGAGGGAUUCAUUGACACGGAAGCAGCCAAGGAAGCAUUGCUGAAAAAGCUUCUCGAGGUACGCCGGCAGUGUGAUACCCUGCUGGACUGGCAUGAAUACAACGUGCCGCUCGUGUACACUCAGGUGGUGACAAUAGCAGUGUACACCUAUUUCCUGUUCUCCUUGUUGAGCGAACAGUAUCUGGAUGUGGCACUACAGUACCCGCGCUACGAGACGGAUCUGGUGGUGCCCGCAUUCGCUCUUAUGGAGCUGGUGCUGUAUCUGGGACUCCACAAGGUGGCAGAAACGCUCAUCAACCCCUUCAGCGACGAUGACAACUCCUUUGAUUUCCUCAGGUUCCUUAACGAGGCUCGCUGCUCAGCCUUCGUUAUCUGCCACACACGCUAUGGAAAGAUCACCCCGGGAGUCCCUUGGCGGUCUCGAGAGAGCACCCCUAUCACCUUCGUGGAUCUGACGCCUUCCCCCGGGAAUACGAAGAGAGGAGCGACUCCCUCCAGCACCUAAAUGUGUGUGUGUGUGUGUGUGUGUGUGUGUGUGUGUGUGUGUAUGUGUGUGUGUGCAUGCGUGCGUGAGUGCGUAUGUUUGUGUGUGAGGAUUUGUUUACCGUUCGUCAUGAAUAAUGUGUGUAAAUUUUUGAACCCUCUUUAUCGUUUCUUGUUGUUGCUUGGUGGUAUUAUAGUACCAGUAUGAAUAACCUGACUGGAGUACGUGACCACCCUUGUAGAGCUGAUGUCAAAACACCCCUCGGCGGUGUUAGAUGAUGCAAGAUUGGAGUGUUCUUGGAAAUAAAGGGAUGGGUUGCAGAGGUUUUGAUUUCCUCCUGCAUGUGCUUACAACAAGUUUCUUCUUACUAGUAUUUAGUGUUUUAUUAUUUACGUAUUUUUUUUAUGUACGAUGCUUCGUUGUUGUUGUCUGCUGCGUUACUGGAGAGGCUGCUGGACAUUGAGUGUAUGACGAUAGACACUGUGUCAUCUUCACACUCCAAAUCUGUGACCUGUGAGGGAUCUGAACGGAACGCCUUGUAAUUAACGGAACUGUACAGAAUGCUUUGGCAAACUACUGUCUCAAUCAGAAGGAAAAAAAAAUAUAUAUAAUGACA